GAACUCUCAAAGAAUACACAGCUUAAUAUGUUUCAUCAACAAAAGCAUGGAAAGGUGUAAAUUCACAUACCGUACUAAUACGAGAUUUCAGAUCACAUCUUCAUAAAUGCAGUAAUAUAUACCUCGAAUUACAUGUGACUAAUGUAUCAAACAAAGCUGGUCUAUUCAACGGAACAGGAGUAGGCCAAUCAGCCCUUCGAGCCUGUUCCACCAUUCAGAGAGAUGGUGGCUUAUCUGCGCCUAACUCAAUAUAUCUGCCUUUGGCCCAUAUUCUAUGAUUACUUUUGUUUAACAAAAAUGAGAUGUGUUGUUGGAACCUCUGAAUUGGCAACAUUGUGGUGAAAUUCUUUGUUCAUAUAGUCACAAAUUUGUUAUUUCAAAAUAUUUUGCUUAAAAAUUAGAAGCACUCAUGCCAAACCCCGCCCCCCCCACCACAGCAUUUUCCUCUGACAUUCUCAAUUGUCAGAACAUACUCAGAAAUUUCAAUCUGUAAGCAAUUUAUAAUGCACUCUUAAUUAACCUUUAACAUAAUGAUUUCUACAAACCCCUAACAGUAAGCUGAGAAUAAAUCAGGAGAUAAUGAGAGCAUGCGAAAUAGCACAACAUUAAUCAUAGGUGAUUUUAUCUUCAGUUAGAUUGAGAUAGUCAGAUUAGCACUUAGCCCUGAGGAGGAAUUCAUAGAAUGCAUUGAAGACAGUUUCCAAGAACAAUAUGUUCAAGGAUUUUUAUUUUUAUUAUUCAUUCACCUGAUGUGGACAUGACUGGCUAGGCCAGCAUUUAUUAUUCAUCCCUAAUUGCUCAGAGGGUAGUUAUAAGAUCCACCACAUUGUUGUGGGUCUGAAUUCACGUGCAUGCCAGAUCUUGUAAGGAUGGCUGAAUUCCUUUCUUAAAGCACAUUGGUGACCCAGAUGGAUUUCUGCCCCCCCCCCCCCCCCCCCAAAUAUCAGCGAUGGUCUUCUUUAGACUUUUAAUUUCAUUGGUGAAAUAUGAAUUCAAUGCAAUCGCCAUGGCAGGAUUUGAAUGCAGGUCCCCCAGAUAUUACCUAUGUCUCUGCAUUAAUAGGUCCAGUGUUAAUACGAUCACCUUCCCAUUGCAUUCUCAACUUCAUUUUCCUGCCCUUCCUGAGAACCUCAGGCUGCCUUAUUUAUGAAAUCUGCUGUUGCUUUUGUGUCAGUAUGCCUCAGAGAUGGGUGUGAAGUGUUGGAAGGAUCUGCCUGGUGAUUAACAAGUCAAGUCAUACAAUUACUGUUUUAAUGGCCAUAUCAUUCACCCCGCAGUCAGACCUAAUAUUUGCUCCCCUCCUUAUCGACCAUAAAAUGUGUUCCUUGUUGGGAUCCAAGCUGAAUAAGUCAAAUCCUAGAAUGAAAGGUCUUAUUUUAGAUAACGUGGUAGUCAUUCAAUUAAAUAUAGUUAUGCUGCACUGCAGUUUUUUUUUAUUAACAAUGGAAUAGAAAAUUAUUACACAAAAGUCAAGUAAAAAGAUUUUCUAAUUCUGGAACGCAGUUUGAAUGGUUUUGAUACACACUGAAAAACAAAGUCUCAAGCUGUUUUCUGAUGCUAUCCAUUACAGAGACUCAAAUCUAGUGAAAUUACUCCUCCAUAUAAAAUCUUUAAAUUUUGUCUCACUGAUUCUCUCCAGUUCUGUUUCUGUAGACUAUCAAUUGUGAGUUUAAACUUUCUCAGCCUGCAGAUUUCUAACCAAAUACUUUUGGUUUGGAUGUUUCACAAACUAAACUUUUAGACUAAAAUAACCAUGUUUUCCCUGAACUGUCAUAUACUGUACUUGUUUCUCAGAGAGAAAUUAUAUUUGCUUAGCUAACUAUAUUUAUCUGAACCUUCUCAGGUCUAUUCUGAACUGCCUGAAAAACUUUCAGUUUCAACAACAAUCCUUGUCUUAAUCAAAAAUAAGCAAAUAGCUUUAAUGUUUACUCAAACUGUCAUAAAAGAAGCAGUAAAAACAAUCUUUUAUUAACACUCCAAGGGUUCUCUGUUGUCUAACUUAUACUGAAUUAGAUCACUAUUUCAGAAGGAUUAUCUGACCUAGUUAUUUCUAAAGAAAUGCUUCAGAAAAGCAAUCCCAAAUGCUACUGUUUGAAAAUCCAUUCUCUCAAAUGAUCUUUAUAUAUCAUAUGGAUGUGCCUCACUGAGCAAGACAGAUCCAUACCCAGCCCUCAAUCUAGACAGAUCUACCAUUUCAGCAGACAAUGAUUCAUGCCUCUCCCUUGAGAUCUGUGCCCCUGAUCAGGAUAGUGUGCAAUGAUGCAGUUCCAGCACAGGAAUGAGUCCAGUGUGAUGUUGUGGAAUGGAGCAAGAUACUAAGCUAAAGAAAUGAAGUGUGAGAAGAGACCAUUUGACCAAUUGACCCAAUAAGGAGCCAUGUGCUGAUGAGGGACAGGAAAAUGGAAUGGUUGUGAUGAAACCUCCAAGAAUGCACCUGACUGGAUGGGUAAUCUAACAGACACACCUUUCCUCUCAUGGGUAACUCCUCUCUCAGAAAACCAGAUGAGAACAUGAGAGAAAUGGGGAUAGAAAGAUGCCCUGGAAGGCUGAGAUAAGGUGAAUGGACUGGGAGUAGGCUUUUGAAGAGUAUAAAUACCAGCAGAGAUUAGUUGAGCUGAACAGUUUGUUUCAAUGCAAUAGGUUCCAAGUUCUGGGAUUGAGAUUCCCCGUUUAUUUCCUCCACUGCUUGUUGGUGAGAUUGUUUACCUUGUGGUCUCUCACUGAAGUGUGGGGGGUGAAGCAAAAAGAGCAAGUGUUUUUUAUUCAUUCAUUGGACAUUGGAGUCACUGGCUGAGUCCUGCGUUUAUUGCCUGUCCCUAGUUGCCCCUUGAAAAGGUGGUGGUGAGCUGCCUUCUUGAACUGCUGCAGUCCGUUGUGGGUUGACCCACAAUCCAAAUUUGCUGAAAUUCACUCAGAUUUCACUCCCAAUUUAGGCUCUGAAGGCUGUUUUAUGGACUCGCUGAAGACUCCUCACCAGUGCUGACUGCAGCUUUCACUGGAUGUCAACAGAAAUAAACAGAAACAAAUAAUGAUGCAGUCAUUAAAUUACUUUCAAGAUAUCCUCCUCGAACAUGUCCUCCGACGAGCUCUGGUGCGUGGACUGUGGGAAGUGCCUGCCAGGAGAGUGUAGGAUACAUGGACCGUUGAUCAAGGUGAAGGACAGGAGCAUUCCCAGCCGUGCCAGGCUGAGUCUUCCACAUUACCUUGCCCUCCGAGUAUUGGAGAUGCCAGCUGUCAACAAACACAUCCUCGGUGUAUUUGCCAAGAAGAUGAUCCAGAAGAGGACACAGUUUGGACCCUACGUAGGCCAGCUCUCAACCAGUCUCACUAACAAUGAUGACAACAGGCUUGUGUUACAGGUUUUAAAGGACGGCGUGAAAUAUUUCCUGAACACGCCAGACGAAGAGGCUGGUAACUGGAUGAUGUUUGUCCGUCCUGCGAGGAAUCUGGAGGAGCAAACCCUCGUAGCGUAUCAGCACCAGGGAGAAGUGUACUUCACCACUGUAAAGAAUAUCCAACCCCAGAUGGAGCUGAAAGUCUGGUAUGCGGCAGAUUACGCCAAAUUCAUGGAAGCUCCUUUAGUGGUAAUCAAACAGGAGCCUGGGCUCUCCACAUCUCCAGCUGCAACGGAGACUGCUAGCCGGUGGAAAUGCUCCAGCUGCUGCCACGUGUUCAGCACCUUCAGUUUGCUGGAGUCCCAUCCCUGCAGUGAUUCAGGCCAAGGGAGCGUACGGGGAUUGGCUGUCACCGGGUGCUUGGGGUCAGAUCAUAUGCCCAUUUGCUGGAAGGCAGACAGUCCUGCUCCUGACGGUCAGGCUAAGUGGCCACCAGGUCUGAAUGUGCUGCCACGAGACGGACAGAUGGACACAGGCAAGGAGGGACAAGUGAUGAAAGUGCAGAAGAGCCUACCGUGCCCACUGUGUAAGAAGGUCUUCCUCAGUGCUGACAAGCUGACCACUCACUCCUGUACACACAGCGGAGAACGGCCACAUGUCUGCUCACACCAUGACUGCGCCAAAGCUUUCAUCUCCAAAUACAAACUGAUCAGACACAUGGCCAGUCACUGCCCUCAGAAGCCUCACCGAUGUUCACACUGUGAGAAGAUGUUCCAUCGGAAGGACCACCUCAAGAACCAUCUUCAGACCCACAACCCCAACAAGACUCUCUUCAGGUGUGGCGAGUGCGGCAAGAGGUACAACACCAAGCUGGGCUAUAGGCGGCACCUGGCGUGGCACACAGCCACCAGCGGUGACCUGACAUGUGGGGUGUGCGCCCGUGAGUUUGGGCAGUUGGACCAGCUCCUGGAGCACCUGAAGGGCCACGCGGGCAGGCUGGCCAGCAGCACCCGGGAGAAACGUCACGCCUGCGAUCGCUGUGAGCGCCGUUUCUACACCCGCAAGGAUGUCAGGCGGCACACAGUGGUCCACACGGGGCGCAAGGACUUCCUCUGCCAGUUCUGUUCACAGCGCUUUGGCCGGAAGGACCACUUAACGCGGCACACCAAGAAGAGCCACGCCCAGGAGCUGCUGAAGGGGCGGUCAGAGGCUGACAGGGCGGUGGUGCCCAUGAGUGGUGCCUUCCCCACCUCCCUGAAGGAGGAGAUGGCUGGUGCCUGGCCUGAUCCUCCCGAUGAGCUGGAGCAGAAGGGCAAUGCUAACAUGAGCACUGAACUCUACACCUAUCCCUCACCAUUCAGGCAGCACACAAGAAAGACUCACCACGUGGUGCCCAGCUCACUGGGGACAAGGUGGACUAUCAUGGAGAUGCCAUCUCCAAUACUUUCUCCUCCCGUGCCACCCCCUCCAAGCCAUUGUAUGCAUCCCCCACGAUACCAGCUCAACAGUUCCUCCUAUAGCCCCUUGCACGGCAAAGACAAGUCUACAAAGAUUGGCACAAGGAGCUACAAUGUGAGUUUACCUGGAGAUAUACCCGGGCUCGAAUCCCAAUCAGCGCCAGAUAAGGAUAGCUCGGACAUUGGCUUUGAAACUUUGACCGUCUCCCUGAACACCACGGACUGUGUCAGCACCAUGCAUAAAGAUAUCAAGCCCCUGAACAUGAAUUCCACGGACAUCUCUUGUUUGCUUGGACUCCCGCCUCCUAGUGCCAGCGACCAGCGUCAAGGUGGCGAUGCAGCGCUGUCAUAUUGCCAAGGAGAGACCGGGCAGAGGGCUGGUCCCCUCUGCGAGCAGCAGCUGCAGCAGGAAGGGGGUGUCCCGGCCACUGGUUUGAAUUUGACCCAACUUCAACAAGUCUCGCCAGCCUUCCCCUCCUUGCUCACACCAACUCCUCUGCCCCGCUUUCACCAAGUCUUUCAAUAACCCGCUGCUGCCCUACAUUCUAUUGAGGAGCCACAGGUGACAGGGCAUUCAGAAGCAGAUCGGAAAGACUCAAGUUGCCUACAUUGAAUUUUGACACUUUUAAAAAUAGAUUUUAUAUAUAUUGAUGUAAAUACAUUGUUUUCUACCACUGUUAUGCUAUUAAAUCUGCAACACCUUUGGACAAAAGCACAUUAUACAUUUUACAGCAUGUAUUCCAAAUUAUUUUGGAAGCCUGUCUCUCUGUACUAAACCAAUUCAAUCAAUUUCAAACUUAGGGGAAUCCAAAGAACCUCACAGUUAUUACUGUGUCAAUGGUGGCCAUUUGGCCCAUCCUUUGCUGCACUGACUCUUGAAAUAGACACCUCACCUAGUGUCACUCUCUCGUCUCUCCCUGCAA